AUGACUAAAAGCAACAAUAAAAACCGAGACGCUGCCAAGUCUGCCCCGCUCAAGAAGAAAAACUCAAACCCUGCGCUUGAAGAGUUCAUAUAUAACGCAUCCGACCUUUUGGAGGCAUUUCCCUCGGCUCUGGUGAGCAUUUCUUACACAGUCAAAGAGAACCAGGAAAAUACAGGCGUCAAGUUCACAAUCAGACAUUCAGGCCAAAGCAAAUACCUCACUUAUGAAUCGUUUGACACAAAAGAAAUCUCGAGAAUCUUGGCAUUCAUUGGUCCUGGCGGUGUCACUGCCGACAGUGUGAACAGCGAAAAGAAGAAGUCUGAUCCCGAGGAGAUCGAGAAAAAACAAGACAGAAUUACAGGGCUCACCAGCAUUAUGAACAACCACGAUUUCCACAGCUCAUAA